GUUAAAUGCUCUGCACACGGAAGAUAUCCUGCGUGAUUACCUGGAACGCACAAGGUGUAAAAAGCAAAUCCAGGCUCUGCUAGACCAGCACCAACAGCAACCAUGGCAAAAUUCGUUCUCCUCACAGGUCUGGCCCUUCUGCUGAAUGCUCAGCUAGGUUCUGCCUACCAGCUAAUAUGCUACUUCACCAACUGGGCCCAGUACCGGCCAGGCCUGGGGAGCUUCAAGCCUGACGACAUCGAUCCCUGCCUUUGUACCCACCUGGUCUACGCCUUCGCCGGGAUGCGCAACAACGAGAUCACCACCACUGAGGGGGAUGAUGUGACUUUCUACCAGUCUUUCAAUGGCCUGAAAAACAAAAAUAGCCAGUUGAAAACCCUCCUGGCCAUUGGAGGCUGGAACUUUGGAACUGCCCCUUUCACUGCCAUGGUUUCCACUGCGGAGAACCGCCAGACUUUCAUCACCUCAGUCAUCAAAUUUCUGCGCCAGUAUGGGUUUGAUGGGCUGGACUUCGAUUGGGAGUACCCUGGCUCUCGCGGAAGUCCUUCUCAGGACAAGCAUCUCUUCACUGUCCUGGUCCAGGAAAUGCGUGAAGCUUUUGAGCAGGAGGCCAAGCAAACCAAGCAGGCCAGGCUGCUGGUCACCGCUGCAGUAGCUGCUGGCGUCUCCAACAUCCAGUCUGGAUAUGAGAUCCCCCAGCUGUCCCAGUACCUGGACUAUAUCCAUGUCAUGACCUAUGACCUCCAUGCCUCCUGGGAGGGCUAUGCUGGAGAGAACAGCCCCCUCUACAAAUACCCAACUGACACUGGCAGCGACGCUUACCUCAAUGUGGAUUAUGCCAUGAACUACUGGAAGGACAACGGGGCGCCAGCUGAGAAGCUCAUCGUUGGAUUCCCUGCCUAUGGACACACCUUCCUCCUGAGCAACCCUUCCAACACGGACAUUGGUGCCCCCACUUCUGGUGCUGGUCCUGCUGGGCCCUACACCAAGGAGGCUGGAUUCUGGGCCUACUAUGAGAUCUGCACCUUCCUGAAAAAUGGAGCCACUCAGGCAUGGGAUGCCCCUCAGGAUGUGCCCUAUGCCUAUAAGGGCAAUGAAUGGGUUGGGUAUGACAAUGUCAAGAGCUUCAAUAUCAAGGCUCAGUGGCUUAAGCAGAACAAUUUUGGAGGUGCCAUGGUCUGGGCCAUUGACCUGGAUGACUUCACAGGCACUUUCUGCAACCAGGGCAAGUUCCCCCUGAUCAACACGCUGAAGGAUGCUCUUGGCCUGAAUAGCACAAGUUGCACCGCCUCUGCUCAGCCCAGUGAGCCCAGCAGCGGGACCGGAAGUGGGAGUACGACCGGAAGUGGGAGCGGGAGCAGCAGCUCUGGAAGCAGCUCCGGGGGCAGUGGAUACUGUGCUGGCAAAGCAGAUGGCCUCUACCCUGUGGCGAAUAACAGAAAUGCCUUCUGGCACUGCCAAAAUGGAAUUACCUAUGAGCAGUAUUGCCAGACCGGGCUUGUCUUUGACACCAGCUGUCAGUGCUGCAACUGGGCAUAAACCUGACCUGUGUCUCCAUUCCCUAGGGUGCUGAACAGUCCCCCUGGCUUAGCACACCUUGCUCCUUGAACAGCUUGAUGCAAUAAAAUCCAUCAGUCAAA